ACUUCAUCGUCAACAGGCUGAGGUUAAAGUAAACAGUCAACACAGUGGGUUUUACCGCCAGAAGAAAAGGCAUGCCUAAAUGCAAACAGAUCUUCGGCCAUACCAGUUGAUAAAUAACCUCUGCACCGUACAUCACGAUGUUCGCCAUUUUAGUUCUGUUAUCAGUUGUGCUAACGAAUUUCUGCUGCUGCUCGAUUCCCCUGUUUGGCGUCGGUUUGAUGCCAUUGAUGGAAUCAUCGCUGGAGCAGACAAUGGACACUGGUGGUCGUCACCUGCCCGCUGCGUCCCAUUCUUCGGAUCAACUAAGCAUCGAAGAGCGAGACUCAGCCGAUUACAGCGACAGUUCCAGGGAAAAUAAAUCGUUGAUCGAUUCUGUCGAAACGGAUGAGGAAGAUGGAGAACGGAUUUACGAUUUAAUGAUUAAAAUCCUACAUAUUCUGGACAAACAAGCUCGUCGCGACACCGAGAGGGCACGGAGACUGCAAAAUUUAAAGAAUAGUAGUUCCCCGGUUGUUAACCUCGUGGACGCGGAAUUUUUGAGUAGCGAUGAUCCCGAACCAAGCGGUAACCUGGCUGACAGUGAUUAGUAAAAUUCGUAACUAGUUAGGUUUUUUCAACUAGAUAAGAAAAUUUUAAUUUUUACUUGUUUUCUAAAGAAAAAUUAAGGUAAA